AUGGAUAAAUUCAAAACGGUUCUUAAAAUUGUUCAGAAACAGCAGACUAGUCUCGGGUUUGGUUUAGUUGCGUUGUUAACUGCAGGCGGGGAACAGAUAUUUUCGUCAGUGGUGUUCAAAUGUCCUUGCAGCGGCUGGAACUUUUCCUACGGCAUGGUGUUUCUCUUAGUGCCUGCUCUGGCACUGUUGGUGUUAGGUUACAUCAUGAGCAAUAAAACAUGGAAAUUGUUUACAGGUUUGUGUUUACGCAAAUCCAAAUUUUGUCAUUUUAAAUAUGUUUGCUCCUGUGGGGUGGUCUUCUUUCAGAUCACCACGACAGCAGUAGUUGCACCUGUCAGUUGGAUUGCAGUCGCUUUGCUCAAUGGCAAUUACUUUGAAUGCGCCAUGACUGGCGUCAAUGCAACGGUUUUCACAAACCACCUUUGCGAUGGAAAGAGUCCGCAGUGCCAGAGUGAACUUUAUAAAUUCCCCUGCGGGAGAGCCACCCACGUGCCCCAAUCCGAAAGCAAUGAUGUGCUGGCAACCAUCCGCGCUGAGUCGCAGAUCCUGGGUUGGCUACUGAUUGCCUCCAUCAUGGUCUUCAACCUCCUACUUACCUGUGUUGCCCGGUGUAACUCCCCAGUCAGCUACCUGCAGCUGAAGUUCUGGAGGGUCUAUGCCCAGCGGGAGAGCGACCUGCUGGAAAACUACACGGCAGAUCACGCCGAAAAGCUUGCAGAGAGGAACCUGAAGAGCUUCUUCCAGCAGACGCGUCCAGAGCCUGUCACGACCCCAUCUAACCAGGCCUGGGAGAAGAUCUCGUCCCUCUACAGGUUCAGCACCAGAGACCACUACUACAGCAUCCUGCACAAGUACGUGGAGAAGUGCCAUGACCCUGCAGAGGCCAGGGACCACAGGAUGUCAUCUGUCAGGUCAGACGGUCCAGACACUGCUAAUCCAGCCGUGCUCGCCUUUGUGGAUGAGGGCAAGAUGAUGCUGUGAAUGGGCAUUCAUAUGAUCAUAGGAACAGCAUCACUAUCAUGACCCUAUCUGUAACCAUCCUUAUUUUUAUCAUCAAAGUCAUGACUCAUUAUAGAGGAUUGUUGUCAGCAUUCUAAUCUUCGUCAUCAUCAUCAUCAUUAUUGCUGUGCAUCAGGGGAUUUUUCAGUAGAAAGACCAAUUACAUCUGAUUAACCACUCUCAGGUCUUCACUUGAAUAACAAUACUUCCCAAUUUUAUAUUGUUACUUGAAAGUUCACUCACUGUAUCACGAGUGCUGCUUGCAGCUUUUUAUUUGAAAUUCUAUGCUCAGAAAGGAUUUUUUAUUUUUUAUUUAUAGUUUAUCAUACUUUCUUUCUCUUUCUCUUCUACUUUUCUUUUCUCUUUAGUAUUUCUAUGCUCCUCAGACUUGACCUACAUACAGGUGGUCUGUGGUAUUAAACAGGAAAUGCAUGGUCUGGUUCUAUGAAAUGGGGCGGCAGGUAGCCUAGUGGUUAGAGUGUUGGGCCAGUAACUGAAAGGUUGCUAAAUCGAA